UAAUAAUUUUAUUUAUUUCAGAAGUUUACAUAUAUUUGAUAAAUGAAGGAAAUAUUUCAGUGAUUUAUAAUGUUAAUCACUAUUAAUUGCUGUUUUGACCAACUGGCUUUUAUCUUUUUUCUAGGUAAUCUUUAUCUAAUAUUAACUCUCUAUUUGAGUUUAAUAAACAUGUUGCUAUGAGGAUCUUUCUAGUGCUUGACAUAUUUAGGACUUUUUUCUGCUUCAUCCUGGAGUAAAAGGAUGUAAUGUUUUACUUAUUGCACAAAAGCAAUAAGCAUAGCAGAGAUUUAAAUUUCCAUUUUAAAAAUGCAGCUUCCUGCACAAAGUUUUUUCCUCCAAGUAUUUGAUUGAAAUUUGAAAACGCAUAGGCUACAAAUAAUAUCUACACAUUUAGGGACCAGACUUAUGCAUGACUUUGAAAGAUAAAUUGCGAAGAGAUUUACAGUUAUAACAUUUAUUUUGACAGAUCAUAUUCCCCUCUAUGAACUAAAGGUAUUUCUGUUCCUGAAAUCAAAUCCUACUGUUCAAGAGCAGGACAAUGUUAAAAGAGGCUGAUCCAAACAUCAUUACUGGUCUCAUCAUUUAAAGGAGUGCACAAAGAAACUUUGCUUACCUGUGAACACAUCUACUGUUCAGCAUGGCUCUGCAAGAUGCCAUACUUUUAGGAUUUAUUAUUGUAUUCUCAGGCCAAAUCUACUCUGUGUUUACAACUCAAAAUGUGUGUAAGACGUAUGGCAGCGGAGUCUUUGAGACCUUCAAUAAAACUGUGCUUCACCUGAAGUCCACUUGUUCGGUAACGUUCACCCACUUCACACAUGCUGGGGUGGACUGUCACAUUAUCGUCCAGCGUGGACAGAAUGGCCUAAUGAACAGAGUGGAGAUUAUCAUGAAUAAAGUUGUGACCCAAAUUUAUAACAACACGCUUACAGUGGAGGGUAGUAGAAUUUCACUUCCAUAUGACCACACUUAUCAGCACGUAUUUCAAUAUGGAAUCUACACCAAACUCAGGAGCAAAGUUUUGCCAUUGUCUGUAACCUGGUACAGUGUUUCUGAUGGCAUCAGUUCUCUCUGGGUGCAACUAGACCAGGAUUUACAACAAGAUAUGACUGGAAUUUGUGGGCACCAGAACAGUUCAGAAACUCUUCAGCAGUUGAUAUCUGACAGUCUUCUCUCUGAUGGACAAUGCCUGACUCAAGACUCUGUUGCGCAGACAAACACAGUUUGUAGAGAUGUUUUGUCCCACGCUUUUGAAUGUCUCGGCACUAAAUACCGAACAUACCUGAAUUUGUGCUAUAAAAACAUGUAUGGCUUGCAGCAUCGAGAAGCAAACUGCUCAUUUUUUAAAGAGCUCUCGAUUAUGUGUGGAAGCUCAAGUCCCCUGUGGACAAUGUGGAGGACAAAAAGCAACUGCUCCCAACCUAUUUGCCCCGGAGACCUGCACUAUAUGGAGAUGGGUCCCGCUUUCCCUCCAACCUGCAGCAACCCACAGCCUUACCAAGAACUCACCAGCACCUGUCAGCCUCCAGACGGGAAAGUCCUGAAUGAUCGCGUUGACACAUACUAUUCUAUAAAUGUGGAGGACUGUCCAUGUGUGCAUGGCAAGACAAUAUAUUCAGCAGGACAGAAACGCAUGACUAAGUGUCAAACAUGUACAUGUGUAAGAGGCAAAUGGGUAUGCUCUGCAAACACAUGUCCACCCAAGUGUAUUAUUGAAGGCCAGUUAAUAACCACAUUUGAUGGCAAGCAGUAUUCUCUGCUGGACAGGUGCACCUACGUGGCUGCGAGGGGACUUAACUGGACAUUGAACAUUCAGUUUUCUGGACGUGAUGUUGUCAUAGAAAAGGCAUAUCUUAAUAUCAAUCAGGAAAGAUAUAUCUUCUCUGCAAACAAUGUGCAACUCAACAACAUAGAAAUCAGUGACCUGUCACAGACUGAAUAUGCCACGGUGUUCUGGCAGUCUUCAAUGUUCGUUCAAGUUCAGACUUCAUUUGGCCUAAAAAUGCAAGUUCAAGUUUCUCCAGAAAUUCAAAUAUAUUUAUAUUUGCCACCAACUGAAACAACAAAAGGACUCUGUGGAACCUAUAAUAAUGACACAAGUGAUGACUUCACCACUUUCAGUGGCAUCAUAGAAAGUUCAGUUCAACUUUUCGCCCAGUCCUGGUCAAUGGAUACUUGUGCCCCAAUAUCUGGAUGCAUCAACACUGACAAUGAGAUAUUUGCUGAGGAGAGCUGCGAUCGGCUGAAAGAUCCGAAUGGAGUGUUUGCAGUGUGUCAUGAUUACGUACCCGUUUCAUCUUUUGUCGAGGCUUGUGUACAAAAAACAUGCCAGUGCUCGACAGCAUUGGAGGAAUGUGUGUGCGUCUCUUUUGGCAACUAUGUCAAAGCUUGUGUGACUCAGGGAAUCACUGUUCAAGACUGGAGAUCGGGAACAAACUGCCUUCCUUCAUGCCUGGGAAACUUGGUAUUCGGAUACAGCACAGUGGCAUGCAACCACACCUGCCGUUCCCUCUCGGGCGCUGAUCCUACCUGUGAGGUGGCGGAUGACCCUGUGGAGGGAUGUGGAUGCACAGAAGACACUCACCUGAAUAACCGCCACACCUGUAGCCCUCGCCCUCUUUGCAACUGUUACCAUCCUGGUGGUGUCACACUGCCGGGUCCAGUGGUUAUUGGUGGACGCCAAUGCAUGUGCGAAAAUGGACAACUUCACUGUCCCGAAGAGUGUGAUUGCCCAGUAGGAAAGAUUUGUGUGCACUGCUUACAAAUACCUGUGAACACAGCUCAUAAGACCUGUGAAAGCUUGACCAAACCACUAAGUGAAGAUUACACCUGUAUCAGUGGUUGUUUUUGUCCAGAAGGCUUUUUUGAAGAUCAUAAGGGUGGUUGUGUGACCCAAGAAAACUGCACUUGUGAAUUCAGUGGAACGGUGUAUGAAACCGGGCAGAGUGUGGAGGCAAACUGUAAAUUAUGUACCUGUAGAGGAGGUGAGUGGUCUUGUAUCGAUGAACCAUGUUCAGGUGUGUGUGAAGUGUUUGGGAAUGGGCAAUACCGCACAUUUGACUCCAAAUGGUACCGUUUUGAUGGCCAUUGUCAGUACACACUGGUCAAGGAUGCUGAUCCUAGUGGACAUGGCCGGUUUACAAUCAAAACUGAGAGUGUGCCAUGCUGUGACGAGUCUCUGACGUGUUCUCGCGCCAUCUCAGUGGAGCUACUGGGUGAGGUGACUUUACUGCUAAAUGAUAUGAAGGUCACUGAGACAACCCAGCCAUGGGGUGCCCAUGGUUUGCUGGCAGAGCCCCUGUACUCCAUCCACACUGUGGGUAUGUACAUCAUCAUCUCAGUACCCAAACUGGGCCUGACCGUAAUUUGGGACAAACACACCAGGGUUACAAUCCAGCUGGAGUCUCAAUGGAGAGGAAGAGUGUUGGGUCUUUGUGGGAACUUUGAUGGAAAGGUGACAAACGACCUUCUGACUAGCAGUGCCUCUGAAGUUUUCAGUGUCGUUGAUUUCGGAAACAGUUGGAAGACGUCAGCCCCGCCCUGCUCUGAUGUGAUCACCGAAAUGUUUCCCUGUGAACGGCACUCCUACUGUGCAGCUUGGGCUCAAAGACGCUGUAUGAUUCUAAGAUCUGACACCUUUAAAGAUUGCCACCUGAAGGUAGAUCCAGAGCCUUACUACCAGGCCUGUGUUUUGGAGUCAUGUUCUUGUGAGUUUGAGGGAAAGUUUCUCGGCUUCUGUACUGCUGUUGCAGCGUAUGCAGAGGCCUGCAGUGCAAAGGACAUCUGUAUAAACUGGAGAACACCAGACUUGUGUCCGGUCUAUUGUGACUAUUAUAAUGAAGCGGACGAGUGCACCUGGCAUUACAAUUCCUGUGGUCAAGUUAAGACCUGUGGCAAUAAUAACCUCUUCAUAGGAAAGCUUGAAGGCUGCUAUCCAAGGUGCCCUGUGGAGACACCAUAUUAUGAUGAGAACAUGGCUAAAUGCUCUACCUCGGACAACUGCACUUGUAACUUCAUGAACAGGGUGUGGUCACCUCAAGAAGAAGUGUGUAGUCCGUAUAUGUGCUGCAAAUGCAUUGAGGGAAACAUUGUUUGCAUACCAACAUCUACAUAUACAACCACAACUUACACAUCUACAGCGCAGCCAUCUACAACAACAAUGAACAUUACAACAAAACUUUCAACUACUGAGAGUACAACAAAAGUAUAUAAUAAUACAAGAGCACACAUAAUCACAACACAACCACCAACAACAGAGAAGACAACAAAAUACACAACUACAGUACAGCCACUGAUUUCAGAGAGUACAACAAAACACACAACCACAACGCAAUCCCCAACUUCAGAGAGAACAACCGAAUAUACGACUUCAACAACUGUAGGGCCUACAGAAUCCUAUACAACUCCAUUGGAACACACAACCACAACACAGCCAACAUCCACAAAACACACGGACCACACAACCUCAACAACCAAGAGGAUAACAGAAUCAUAUACGACUCCAACAGAACACACAAUCACAACACAAGCACCAAAUACAGAGACUACAACCGAAUUAUAUUCAACACCAAUUAAAUACACAAUCACAACACAAUCACCAACCUCUGAGAGAACAACAGAAUACACAACCUCAACAACUAAGACAACCGGAUUCACAACAUCAACAACGGAGGGAAAUACUGAAUUUACAGAAUAUACAACGCAACCACUGAUUUCAGAAAGUACAACAAAACACACAACCACAACACAAUCACCAACCUCUGUGAGGACAACAGACCACACAACCUCAACAACUGAGAAGACAACAGAAUCAUAUCCAACACCAACAGAGUACUCAACCACAAAACAACCACCAACCUCUGAGAGACCAACACAAUACACAACCUCAACAACUAAGACAGACACUACACCCAAAUCCUCUUUAACUCCAAUGAAACACACAACCACAACACAGCUACCAACCUCUGAGAAAACAACAGAUUACACAACCUUAACAACUGAGAAGACAACAGAAUCAUAUCCAACACCAACAGAGUACUCAACCACAAAACAACCACCAACCUCUGAGAGACCAACACAAUACACAACCUCAACAACUAAGACAGACAAUACACCCAAAUCCUCUUUAACUCCAAUGAAACACACAACCACAACACAGCUACCAACCUCUGAGAAAACAACAGACUACACAACCUUAACAACUGAGAAGACAACAGAAUCAUAUACAACUCCAACAGAGCACUCAACCACAACACAACCACCAACCUCUGAGAGACCAACAGAAUACACAACCUCAACAACUAAGACAACUGGAUUCACAACCUCAACAACUGAGGGAAAUACUGAAUUUACAGAAUAUACAACGCAACCACUGAUUUCAGAAAGUACAACCAAACACACAACCACAACACAGCCACCAACCUCUGAGAAAACAACAGAAUACACAACCUUAACAACUGAGAAGACAACAGGAUCAUAUACAACUCUGAUAGAGCACUCAACCACAACACAACCACCAACUUCAGUAAAGACAACAAAAUCAUAUUCUACUCCAAUGGACCACACAACCACAACACAACCACCUUACACAGAUAUGACAACAGAGUCAUAUACAACUCCAAUAGAGCACUCAACCACAACACAACCACCAACUUCAGUAAAGACAACCAAAUCAUAUUCUACUCCAAUGGACCACACAACCACAUCACAACUACCCUACACAGAGAUGACAACAGAGUCAUAUACAACUCUGAUAGAGCACACAACCACAACACAACCACCAUCUUCAGCAAAGACAACCAAAUCAUAUUCUACUCCAAUGGACCACACAACCACAACACAACCACCUUACACAGAGAUGACAACAGAAUCAUAUACAACUCUGAUAGAGCACUCAACCACAACACAACCACCAACUUCAGUAAAGACAACCAAAUCAUAUUCUACUCCAAUGGACCACGCAACCACAUCACAACCACCUUACACAGAGAUGACAACAGAGUCAUAUACAACUCCAAUAGAGCACACAGCCACAACACAAUCACCAUCUUCAGUGAGAACAACAGAACCAUAUUCAACUCCAAUAAACACAACCACAACACACACAACUACAAUGGAACACACAACUACAACUCAACAACCAACUACUACCACAGAAAAAUCCACAACCUUUGUACAAACACCUACAACUACAACACAUCCAUCAACUCCAGUCAAAACAACUCAACAAUUUACAAAGAAAUACACAACAAUAACUCAACCAACAACUGAAAUAGUUACAACCACAGUGAAAUACACAACUCCAGUGACAACCACAACAGGAUUUACAAUUAUAACUGGCCCAACUAUAUCCAAAAAUACUACAGGCCCUCAAGUUAGAAUGGUGACUACAACUUCAGAGUGCAGAAAUGAAAUCCGAAACCAAAGCUGGCCAAAUGGAGCCACUUGGAGAGAGGAUUGUACUGAUAAAGUCUGUAGGUCUGGAGUGAUCGAGGUAAAACCCAUUACCUGUCCAAUACCCGAGAUAAGGACUGACUGCCCUAGAGACAAGAAGAGUCUGGUUAAGGAUAAAGACACUUGUUGUGAAAGCUGGCAGUGUGAUUGCCAGUGUCAGCUUUAUGGAGACCCUCACUACAUUUCAUUCCAAGGGAUUCCGUUUGACUUUAUGGACAAUUGCACUUACACCCUAGUGGAGGAAAAAAUACUGCUUCACCAUUUAAGCAUUACUGUAGACAACUACUUCUGCGAGCCAGAUAUUGAUGCUUCUUGUUCCAGAGGCAUCAUAUUAAAGUACUGGAAUGACACAGUCAUGCUUAUGAUUACAGAGGAGUUCAUGGUGGAGUCUACUUUGAACCAGGAGAUCAUUAAACCACCAUAUGAGAAUGAGAUGUUUAAGUUUGAAAGCAGUGGUAUGAAGGUCUCCAUCUACAUCAAACCUAUUCGUUCUUAUGUUUCUCUUACACCAUUCAACACUCUGUUAAUCAACUUGGCAUCAGAGCACUUUUUCAACAACACUCAAGGACAGUGUGGUGUUUGUGGUGGGCAGUCAUGUAUACGCAGAAAUGGCGUAGUUGAAGAUGACAGUUGCUGUGAUAAGACUGCGUACGACUGGGUCGUAGAAGACCCUCUGAAAUCCUACUGCAAAUCUCCACUGAGAAAUAUCUCUUGUGUCUCUCCCCCACCAAUGCCACCUCCACCUCCCUGCAGUGCUCCAAUAUGCGACCUCCUUCAACAUGCCGUGUUUGAAGAAUGCAGUAAAAUCACAGAUCUCGUAUCAGUGGAGAAGAAUUGCAGGUUCGACUACUGCUCAUCCAUGUCUACUGUUGCUGCCUGUUCUUCUCUGGAGUACGCAGCAUCAGCAUGCAAAACGAUUGGUAUUUGUGUUGACUGGAGAUAUCUCACCAAUGGUUCUUGUGAGGUCAACUGUCCUAAAGGAAUGAUAUAUGAUGAGUGUCGACAGUAUCCAAACAGCGUUUGUCAAGGCGGCAUUCCUUUGCCUGCAACAUCAUUGGUUGGGGUGGGAUCAGGCUGCUUUUGUCCAGACGACCAGAUGCUAGCUGAGGAACACAAACAAAUAUGUGUGUCUGAAUGCACUAAGUGUAAAGGACCAUUGGGUGAGCCUAUGCCGGUGGGGUCCGUAUGGGAAUCAAACUGUCACAUAUGCACCUGUAAUAACCAAACCAAAACCGAAGAGUGCCAUCCUAAGCCUCCAACAACUUCUCCAAUAUGCAGUGCUUACUCCAUACUGGUCUCUGACUGCUGUAACAAUCAGAUCUGUGUUGAGAGUUCUUGUGAGUACAAUGGAAACACUUACAAGGUUGGUGACCGGUGGACUGACCCAUUACAUCCAUGCGAGUCUUUCAGCUGUAGCCAGACAGGGACAGAGAUUGAGAGAACUGUGUGUCCACAGCAGACCUGUGAUGAGGACUUGCGCAUAUGGGAUGAGCAUCAUUGCUGCUAUUCAUGCAACACUACUUGUGCUGUCAGGCUGACCAGAAUUAACCUCACGUUUGCUGGCUGCUCACAGGAGGCUGAGCUGCCCAGCUGUGAGGGCCAAUGCGAGACACGAAACAGGUGGGUUCAGUCCAACGGGACAUUACAGCUUGAACAGAGUCAUCAUAGCUGCAAGGAAAGCACUUAUGAAAUGAGGGAAAUCACGGUGAUGUGCAAUAAAAGCCCUCCAGCACACUUCACAUACAGACACGUCAUGAGCUGUGAAUGCACGUCUGAAAUUUAAAGGAAGCUUAAAGUCAAGCAACAAUGCAUGAAGUUGCUGAAUAAUGUUACAUGUGAUUAGCUUAUGUAAUGUUUAUGUACGAUUAAUAAUUAGCUACUGAUACAUAGUAACUCAAAAGUCUGGUCUAAGUGCUGAUUUGACCAGCAAUUUAAAUUAGGCGAUCAAUGCUUUCUGUCAUUUAUACAUUUAAUUCAGUUUUUUAUAUUUUAUGCUCAAAAAAAUACAUUUUUGUUAGGCAUGUUAGGCAUCUGUCUGGCAGUUUUUGCCAAAAUCAAUGUUAUUUUUUUAAAUCACAACCAAAUAUUUUGUAUGUUUUCAAAUAAAUAUAACCAGACUGCAAA